AUGCCGCGCCAAGUCACCGACGAACCCGGGCCCUCGCGCCCACGCUUCCAAACCGUCCGUAGCGCCCGCAACUCCAAACACGACAUCCCCUGCGGCGAAAACUGCCUCGUCUACCCCAACGGCAAGCUCGAACACACGCCAGGGGGCGUCUUCGGUAAGUUUGCGCAGUAUCUCGAGCUCGAUCUCAAGACGCGGCCGCCGAGGGACACCUGGGUCGAGGAGAAGGGGAAAAGAAGGCGUAGCAAGAGUGGGCGGCACAGGAACUGCGAGCGGCCGAAUCGGUUUUAUCCUGACGAUGAUGAUGUCGCGGAGGAGCCAAUUAUGGAUUUCGAGGAUGGACCUACUAUGGAAGGAGUUUAG